UAGUUUGAUUUCUCAUAGAAACACAUCAUCACAGUUUUCAAAUCACUUUCAUUACAUUUUCCACUGGAUACAUACAUAUUUGAACUAAGCACGAAAAAUACCAUCCAAUUAUAUAAAGUUAGUUUUUUCUUGUUUAAAUUUACGUUUGAGAAAAUUACUGCAAUAUCCCAGCUGGAAAUUUGGUCUCUUGGUUAGACCCACUUAUUUAUAAAGAUUAUGGCACUAUCAGCUCGUCAUGGAUUUGCAGGUGUAUUACUCUACAUAAUUCUUGUGUUGGCUCUGAUUCAUCCGAAAAUGCAUAUUACCUUAACGGUAGAAUCGUAUUUCUUCAAUCCAAACUACCUUGCCACCUUUCACCUGAGCUACAAACUGGAUGGAUAUAUGUUAUUCGCUGCUCUGCCACUGACUGCCUUAGUGGUGAUUGCAUGGAGUCGCUGGGAUUCAGAAUCUGAAAAACCACUUGGAGAACGUAUUUUGAUAAUUUCCUUCCUGUGUCUCUAUGUGGUAAUUGUUCUAUCAAAUGUCAUCGCGAAUGGACUAGUUAUUCAGCAUGUUAUGUCGACGUUUAAUCAGAAUCAAUUGCUGGCUUGGCGCAUGUAUUUCGAAAUGCAAAUAUCCUUUUUGAAGGCCAUCUUUUGGAGCUGCAUCACCAGAAAGCCUUUGUAUGUCCAUAAACAAGUCUAUGCCAUGCAAUAAGAGACAAGAGAGAACAGAGAAAAAUAUUUUACCAAUUAAUAUCAAUUUAGAAAUUAUAGAUUUUGACCAACAAGAGUAAUAUAUACAUCUAUUUUCACCCCCAAA